CCAUCGAUGUGAUUGAUAUGCUGUGUGCGAAGCUCUGGACUGGAACCGUACAUAUCGGACCAGCCUCAGCACAAAACAGAACAAAUUCUGGCUUGUCCCUCUCUUCUUCUUCUUCUCCUUGCUUGUUCGACGCCUCACGCGUUCACACUUCACCACACGAUAGACUGUGUACCCCAAACGACUGACUCUCUCGUCGCACCCUGAGUUUUAACUUGGUGUGGUGGGAUGAUAUCAAGACACGCAGACGAUAGUCUGCCGACGACUUCCACUUACGUGUCCGGUUCAACCCGUUCGCGACGACGUCCGUCAUGGUCAGCCACCUCCCGAAGAAGGAGCGCCCUUUGCUUGACAUGUUUGGUGAUUGUGGGUCUCGUCUUCCAUCGCGUGUACGUUCCGGAAUGGAAGUCGACCACCUUUCUAUGGAAAGCCCAGCCUUCAUCUGCAACGCUCGGAGAUUGUCGACCUGCCCCGGCAUAUACAGCCAAACAUGGAGUUACAGAGCAAUGGACAUCGGUCCGUCUACAAGAAAUGAUUGAUCGAACAAAGGGCUUCUACGCAAGAGACUAUAGCUUAUGGCUUGGGUGGAACAAUGUCCGCUAUAUCAUUGAAGCUGGAGUGUUGCAGGCUGGCCUGCUUAAUCGCACCCUCAUCAUCCCAUCCUUUGUAUACGCCCGACAAUGCGAGUUCUCUUUGGAUGCGUGCGCCGCAUUCUUAGAUAUGGUGAAUCGGGGAGAUGCCAUCGGGUGGGAUGAAUGGCGGAUGUGGCCGAUGGACAAACAGAUGGGAUGGAAGAUUCCCAUCGGGAUGAUGAUCGAUCUGAAUCAUCUUCGAAAAACGCAUGCCGUGGUCACCGUAGCAGAAUACUUGGAGCUCCAAUCUCUCACCGCCGAUCUUGAGCAAGGAAAUGGACAAUGGAGCGAUGCGGUCUAUCAAGCACGUUCUCGGCCGAUUCCUAACUCUUGGUGGGAUCCUCCUGGAGUGAUCCGAGUUGACCAAGAGCAGCCGCCCUUCGUGUUGAACGAAGACGAUCCAAUAUCUCUUAGUGCGUUCGAUGCAAGAGAAACGGUGGGUGAACAAAUCGAAAGUCUGUUGAAAGAUCAACCACGUGGCCUGUUGGAGUGGUCUGCGGCUGAAGACCGCUUUCACUUGCUGAAUGUGAGCGGGGUAGACGAUUCUUCUGCGGAGCUCUUCCUCCGAGCCGCCGGCUUUGAAGUUCUGCACACCUACCAAGGCUCGUUGAAUACCGAGUUUACGAAGAGCGUAGCAACUCCAACUCGACAAGUGGCUCGCAGGUCUGAAGUCCACGGGGUGGUUGAUGACUUCGGGUCGUGGUCUGAUCAAGUGAUCCAUCUCGAGGGAGAAGUGCAUCUUGAUCGCAAACCUGGUGGUCUACGCUUUGCCGAUCCUUCGAGAAUGCGAGAGUUCACUCAUACAGUGCUCUAUGAUGUUCGCACGUUGCCGAAGAUUGAGGCAUUAGCUGUUCGGAUCGACGAACGCAUGCGUGAGCGGACUUCGGGCCGUUUAUGGAGAGCUGCGCACGUCCGCCGGGGCGAUUUCGUCAAUAUAGGCUGGGCGGGUCCUAGUUUGGAGCAACACAUUGAGAUCGUCAAGAGCAAGCUGGAUCUUGCGCCGGCGAUCUUAACAGAUAUCCUAAACAACCAAACUACAGAUGUCCUGGAAAACUCUGGAGAGCAAAUGAUUCCGACUAUGCUUCAAAGCCAAAUUCCUUAUACCAGCGACCCAUUCUACAUUGCGACAGACGAGCGGAAUCCAUGGGCGCUGGACUACAUACGCUCCCAAGGAGGCCUGCUAAUUACAGACCUAUUUGAGCCGGAAGACCGUCACAUAGUUGGCUGGCCCUUGCUUAUCACAGAUAUCCUCGCCCUCGCAGAGCAGCACGUUUUGGCUCGAGCAGCAUAUUUCUACGGCUCCGGUAUGAGCUCAGUAACUGGAGGUGUAAUAAACCUUCGCUCUGUCAACGGUUGGCAUCCUCGGACGACCACAGUGGACUAAUCAAGGCGGGCUGCUUUGUACACCGUUUAUAAUACGCUCUAGAAGGUAAUUAUCGUAGUGGGAAGGGGUGUAUUAUCUAUAGGGAGAGGCGUUGUGUCAUAAUCGGGCAUAAAGUGGCAAAAAAUCGCCCACCUGAGGGCCAUCGAGGAAUCAGAUCAUAGUUGUUUGGU